CGUGCGCACUGUACAAUGGAAAAUGGUUAUUAUUGAGCUGACUGAGCAAGGACAUCUUUCGCACAAUUCAAACCAAUUUUGAAGAGGCCAUCAAACACUGAAAUUCUAGGCAAAAGCCAGCAAGAUCUAAGACGUUACAUAUCUCCAUCAUGUGGAUGCAUCUGCAACAGUACGCUCUGCCACUACUUGGAGCCGCUGUUGCGGCUACUUUAGUGGGCCAGAACCCGGCAGGAGCGGACGUUCUUGCAGGAGGCUCUGGUGACGCACCCACUGGACCCGCCAUCAUUCCAAUGAUCCGCCACCCUGAGGGCCGCCUUGCGUUCAGGCGUAGUCUCCUUCGUCGUAGUGACGACGGUUUGGUUACGUUGAAAGAGGAUGUCACCGCAGAAGACAUUGCUAAGGCGAUGGCGUCCCUCCAUUUUGUGGAGAAAAAUGUUACUGCCGGUAUUCCGGAAGCCGCAGACGAUUUGAUUCAAAACUUGCGUGCCAGGGAUGAAGGGGGUACUACCGAUGUUGACGGAGACCCAGAUUAUAUUGGCGAGCCAGAUGAAGAUGAGAUGUUGCAGUACUACGUCGGUGAAGAGGACGAGGAUGAACCCCCUCUCAAUCUCAGGCGGCGUGGAAUGGGAGAAUCAAAAAGUAGGAGGCAGUAUGUUGCGCCUUCAACCCCAAACGUGGCUGAUAUUUCCAACAAUUAUGACACAAUGUAUUACACGAGUAUCCUGGUUGGAACUCCGGGAAAAUGGUUCUCCGUAGUCAUUGAUACUGGUUCUGCUGACCUGUGGAUUCCUUCUAUGAAAUGCGGCAGCCCCUGUUCACAAAGAAGAAGGUACGACGCAACGCAAUCAAGGACAGCUUACCAGCUUGGCAUUCCGGUCACUACCUAUUAUAGUCUCGGUUCCGCUUCGGGUAGCGUUGUCACGGAUUACGUGCGCAUUGGAAAUUUGAUCGCUACGUCACAGGUGUUCAUUCAGGCAGAUCAGAUGAAUAAUGUACAGCCAGCUAAUGUCGACGGGUUGCUCGGAUUAAGUUUCUCGUCCCUCUCUUGGGCAAACUCUGUGGUUCCUGAUAAUCUCGUUGGAAAAUCGUCGAUAAUUGAGAACCUUUAUUACGGGCGAAAGCUGCAGCAACCCGCUUUUGGGGUAUGGCUGGAUAAAUAUGUAUCUUGGAGUGCUGCACCUGGUUCGACUGUCGGUGGUGAAUUGGCUCUGGGCAGCACUACAGGCAACCCUGCUAGAUAUACUGGACCGAUUACGUGGCUGAGCGUCCCUAAUACCGCCAACUGGUGGCACGUUCAACUGAACGGGAUUGCGGGUCCGGAUGGGGUAAAUUUGGUGCCAAGCGGAAGAGCCAUUAGAGGAAUUGUGGAUACUGGAACAACCCUGAUUGUCGUGGACUAUGCCGUGGCUGCAAGACUGAAUGGCCUCUUGGGAGCAUACGGUGCCGGGGUCCGCGGAUUGUGGGCGGUGAGCUGCAAUAAGGCCAAAAACAGUGGUGUCAAGAUCACCUUCACCUUGCAAGGAAACAAGUUCACGCUUGAUGCUGCGGAUUUGCCUACUCGAGUCUGGCCUGAUGACCCGAAUACCUGUUACGCUCCAUUUCAGGCUCGCCAAAACCAAGAUGUUACUGACAAGUGGAUUCUUGGGGAAGUUUUCCUUCGGAAGUACUAUCAGAUAUACGAUUAUAAUGUGCAGAGCAACUCGCUGCAGCCACGCGUUGGUCUUGCCCUCGCCAAGCAUUGACAGUCUUUGAUGACUAGUUACAAUUCGUCUGAUACCCAUGUUUAUGACCAUGUACACCUCUUUUGUUAUUGUCAAUAUCAGUUGUCCAUCCGUGAUUCUCAAUGACCGU